AUGGUGGUCAAAGCCUUUGUCGUAGCCUUCGUGCUUCACCUUGCCAGCUGCGAGGAGUGCCAAAACUGUGGAGAGCCCGUGAGCUUGCUUCAGUCGCGAGCACACGGAGGCUCCAGGGCCUCAAAGGGCCAGUCCAUCGUCGUGAAAGGGCCCUCGAAAUCGAGCGGCUCACCAGCAGAGCAGCUGGCACCGACCUGCGCCGCGGGAUUCAAUGCCGCCUACGAGAAGUGUUUGGGAGGAAAAAACGGCUAUUUGAUGAUCAUCGUCGCUGAUGAGAAGGAAGCCUAUUGCGCCUACACUGGUGGCUGGGCACAGACGUCUGAGUAUUAUCCGGAUCCUUCUGCGUGCUUCGCGAGCCCGGGUCAGUCGGAAGCUCUUUUCUACGAUGCAACAUCCCAAUCUCUGGUGACAUGGUCCAAGGAGACGGCGGUCGCGGGCCCACUGAAGCAGGACUACACUGCUUUGUCAUGCUCCGGAAGCGGCGCAGAGCCCUGCAGCGCGACGCCCUCCAAGUAUGGCCGGACUUUGACCAAGGGUGGAAAAACGUGGCAGGUGGUGCCACCGGGGGGCGAGUUCAGCUUCGACUGGAGCCCCAGCGACGGAUACGUGAACAUUGAAACCAAGACGCCACAAAAGAUUUAUUUGGUGUCCGUCAAGAACAACCUGGGCGCUAGCAGCAGCAGCGGUUUGUCGACUGACGUCCCGUGCGGUCGGGACGGCUCUGUCGAUUUCCAAGCCAAGACGUUUCCGAUCAACGGCCUCGGCAGCGACUGCCAGAAGGACAACGACGACUACUGGAUGGCGUUCGGUAGCGGCGCGGUGACGGUUUGCUUUCCCGAUGUUCCCUGCUAG